UCUUUUUUUUCUUUCCUCCUACUCUACUGUCUAUCCUUUUCAGAUUAUUGUUUUGUCAGCAUGGACUCGGAUUUUAUAGAACGUUUACUGAGGGUUAGUUUGACAGCGGAGGAAGAUGAGGUGAUCAUGGUUCAUCCAAAGCACCGCAAGAAAACUCUAGAAGACUGGUCCCUCAGUUUGCUAGGAAGGUUUCACACGACCAAACGCAUCAACUUUAGAGCUGCGGAAAACCAUCUACGCUCUGCAUGGAACGGUGUAAAAAUUACAGAUGUUGGGGACGGACUGUUUCGGAUUAAAUUCUCGAUGGAAAGCCAAUUGAAGUGGGUUAUUAACAAUGGUCCUUGGAGUUUCCAUAAUCAUAUCCUAUUACUGCGAAGGUGGGAGAAAGGAAUGACGGCCUUUUCGGUUAACUUCCAAACUGUUCCGAUGUGGGUGCAAGUGUGGGGACUACCCUUCGAUCUGAUAAACAAGGAAGUAGGGAUAGAUAUUGGACAAGGAAUUGGUAGAGUCAUUGAGGUAGAUUGGAAAGCCAUUGCCUCAGACCAGGCAAGGUUUCUCCGGGUCAGAGUUGACGUGCCCUUAGACAAGCCGAUACGCCGGGAAGCCCCAGUACUCAGUGAUAAGGUUUGGGUGGCUUUCAAGUACGAACGGCUAUGUGGUCUGUGCUUCCAUUGUGGCCUCCUUGGUCAUGAGGCAAAAGCAUGCAAGACCACGAAGCUGAAGGUGGGGGAGGAGAGUCCUUAUGGCGAAUGGCUGCGAGCGACGGAGGAUGUCCCGCCACAGACCAGCGACUCUCUAUUGGAACAAUCUCACCGAGAUGGAAACCCCAACGGUUACGGCAUUGAUGGUGCAGAAACGGAACCCCAGCAGAAUUUUAAUUCGGGUAACGGACACUCAUUUCAUUCAACGACAGUAAUUGAGAAAAAAAAUUCGGAGAUUAUGGAGGAUGUUGAGGGACCCAAAGUCUUUCUAAUUAGAGACCUCCAAAAUGUUUGGAAAUUCUUCUCUGGGUCAGAGUUGAAAUGGCUUGAGCAGAAAUUGGAUUGUUUUGAUCCAAAACUAUUGCAAUCUCAGGGAAUCAGAUGGCUUUGUGAUACAUUUCGAUUGCUGCUAACACAUCCCACUGUUAAGAGACUAGUGGUUUCUCUAGCAUCUGAUAAAGCUGUUUGGGAUGUGAUUUUGAGGAACACGUUAGUUCGGGAGUUUCAAUGGACACCCUACGCAGUUAAUUAUGUAAGGCCUCUAAUUUCUAAUGAAGAACCAGGCUUGGCUACACGUAUAUUGAUAUGGAUUCGGGAAGGAACAGAAGCAAAAUUUGUGAAAUUUCUGUCUCUAGUGAACGAGCUAUUUCAACCUCCCAAGAGUAACAAUCCCACAGAAGGAAACAAGGAGCAGAUGGAGGAAAAAAUUAGAUCAUCAUUGCCUCUCUCUGUUGCGAUCCUCCUGAUUAUGGUUGUGGCUCAAGUCCUAGGGGCUUGAAUCACCAUAGCAUAAGCAGAAGAAUGCAAGAAUAAACCACAUUAUUUGAUCAACAGUGGGGCACCAUUAGUUGAUGAGUACCUAUUAAAUUUCAGCAUUUUUCCCCCUGUUUUGUAUAUGUUGCAAUACGGUUAUGUUUCCAAAUAUUUGAAUUCCUACAUUUGUUUCAUAAAUAAA